CUUCAGUACAUCUAUCCCUUACUACGUCCCAACACCAUGUGCAGCCAUUACAACCAAGCCGUCAAGAACAACAACAACAACACUUCUUCUUCUUCCAUGACUUUUGACCAGGAGCAACAACAACAGCAAGCAGCUCAGCUCUCCAUGAUCCCCGUGUGCCAAGCGUUCCAGUACUCCUUCUGCCCGCAUUGUGGUGUGGACGUGUCGCAGUUUUCUCAUGAAGCCUCUUGCCCAAUCCUACGACGCUAGACAACAGCAUAGCUUUACAGUUACCAAAGCAG